UCACGACUUUUGUAUACAUCAUGUAAAAAUUCGAUUAUUUUAAGAGAUCCGGAAGGCGAAUCACCCGGUUAUAUUUUAACACGUGGUUGUAUCGGGAAAGCCCACAAAACAAUUUCUGAAUUGGUGAUCGAUUUGAAAUCUAAGGAAGAUCGAAAAAAGACCAAAGCCGAAUCUACGCCAAAAAAGAAGCUUAAAACCAAAUUUAUUGCUGCGAAAAAUCUCAGGAAGGUUACACUAACGAAAUUAUCGCCAAAAGCACUUCGAAAUAAAAUUCAACAAGUAUCAGCUCGGCAAAAGAAAGAAGAAGUAAUUUCUACGGAAACUUAUGAUACAACGGAGGAAGGUGUGAUUUCAAGUGAAGAUGAACAAGCGUUAAUGCUUAAAUAAUUAAUUGGUUUUUUAAUAUUAAGUUGAAUUCUGUAUUUGUUUAAGUGUUCAUGUAAACAAUAUUUUAAUAAAUAAAUAAUAAACGUUAGGAAGUUUAAAACUCCGGAUAAAUGCGCAGCUACAAUGCGCAGUUCUAUGUAUAAACAUCUUAAAUAGUAAGGUUAAAGACUAUAAUCGUUAAAUACACGGAAUCUUAUUGCUAUAAAUUAAGCAAGAAUGGCUAGUAAAAUUAUAAGUGGAAUAGCAUCGAUUGAGGUGAAUACAAGCGACCCUUUCCAAUUAUUUUACCUGUGGAAAGAAGAAGCCUUUAGAUGUUUAUCUAAACCCAAUACGUUGAAUGUUAUGAACUUAGCUACAAGUUCAAAAGAUGGUUGUGUUAGUAACAGAAAUAUUCAGAUUUUGCGUUACGAUCCUGAUGGAUUUGUAUUUUUAACUGAUUCUAGUAGCAGAAAAGCUAAAGAUAUUGCAGAUAACCCAAAUGUAGCUUCAACAUUUCUAUGGUGUUAUAGUAACGAUGGAGGGGAAAUCAUCACAAAGCAAAUAAGAUUACAAGGUGUCAUAAACAAAUUGGAUCUAGACCAAACGAAAGAACUUUAUGACGCGGCUCCUACUUUUAGAAAAAUUCGAUAUAACGUAUGCAAACAGGGAUUAAUAGUUGAUCAGAAAGAAAUUAAAAAAAUACAUGAUAAAAUAUUAGAAGACGUCGAAAAUGGACGUAUAUUAGAGAUGCCAUCAUAUGUGGCCGCUUACAAAUUGCUACCAUCAGCAAUGGAGUUUUAUUACGGAUAUGAUAACUUUACUGCUGAUAGAGUAUUAUUUACUUAUCGAGGAAAUAAUUGGAAUUAUGUGCAUUUAUCUGCAUAAAUAAAUUUUAAAAAUUCUAUUUCAAAUUUUGAGUCAAAAUAAUAAAAAAAAACAUGGA